CUUUAUUUAUUUCGAUUUACCACAUUUUUUCGUUUGAAUUAUGGAACUGCAAUCAUCACUAUGGACACUACUACUUUCCAACCAAACACUAGGAACCAUUCAGGUCCCAUUAUCCCCUAUACGGAAGCUCAGUCUUCUGUUGCUAUGGAUGUUGACCAAGACAGUUCUGACUUUAUUAAGCCUGAACAACUGGGUCCAGACGCUGACCCGAAAGUAGUUUGUACCUACUUGGAACAGCAAAGCCUGGUUACUUGCCCUGACCAACAAAUAAUAAUGAAAACGAAACGAUUCCAACUUAUCCCCUAUGAAAACUGGAAAGAAAGGCUUAACACAAUGAAAGCUCUUUCGGACAAGACACUAGAUGAUACCAAAGUAGCACAUUUAGUUCCUAAGAACUUACCCUUCUUGGAUGACUUUGUGUAUGUGUUAGAAGCACAUUCGAUAAACGUCGAAAAGCAUUGGAAAAGGUUGAUGCCUUUGACUUGUGAUGCCACAAGACGUGCUUGGUUAGUCAAAACUAUGCAACGGCAUGACAUGAAUUGGACCAAGUUUCGAGUCGAGUUUUCUCGUGCAUUUUCUUCUCUGUACCAAUUUCCCAGCACAUUGGACGCCGUUAUACAAGCAGUCUUGACUCUUGCCGAGGGUGAACCUGCAACUUGUUCUGACUAGGACUCUGGAGAAAGUGAGGAUUAC